UCGUCGGCACGGCUCGGAGCCAAAACCAUGGGAAAAAAAACAGCUUUAAAACUGAAACUAACACGUGACGAACCUUCAGGUGGGCGCGGCGUUGAACUUCGACGUGUUGAAGUUCGAUGAAGACUCUCUGAGCGCUCUGCUUCGUGUUUCCAGCAGGGGUUUGGUGAAGCYGUGGAGCUCCCUGACUCUGCAGGGUUUCUACCAGAACCAGAACUGCGCCUUCAGAGUCCUGCAGGUGUCUCCGUACCUCCUGGCGCUGACAGGAAACAGUCGGGAUCUGCAGCUGGACUGAAGCCAUGAGUUUCGUUUGGAGGAGGUUCCUCAACAAGCCCCGCCCCUCCUCCCUCGCAGCAGCUCCGCCCCUCAGGCGGCUGCUCCACGUGGGCCAGCGGGCCUCCCUCAGCAGAGCCUUCUCCUCCCAGGACCUGGAGCUGUUCGCCGCCCUGACGGGCGACACCAACCCCCUCCACUUGGACCCGGUCUACGCCCAUGCCAACUCCUUCAAUGCGCCCGUCGUGCACGGCGUCCUCAUCAACGGGCUGAUCUCGGCCGUGCUCGGCACCGAGAUGCCCGGGCCCGGCUGCGUCCUCAUGCACCAGGAGAUCCGCUUCCCGGCGCCGCUGUUCGUCGGGGAGGAGGUGCUGGCCGAGGCGGAGGUGCAGAAAAUCAAGAUGUCGUUCGCCUUCAUCGCCGUGACGUGCUCCGUGAAGGACAAGGUGGUGAUGGAGGGGGAGGUGAUGGUGAUGAUGCCCGCCGAGCAGCAGGGCUGAAGGCAAAGAUGAUGUCAUCAGAACAUUUAUUUAGGUUUAAAUCUGAUAGGAUUUAUUUGAUUAUAUUGAAAAGAGAGCAUAACGGUCAUACAGAAGAUCACUUUAUUGUUCAAUGUGUUCAAAUUUUAAAUAAAGAAAUUGAAUCGUGUCGUUUUACAAAAAUAAAACAUCAGUUCAAACUUGAAAUGUCCUGUAUAAUUAAAGAUUUGAAGUGCC